AUGUCUUUCAAGUACAUCCUCCCCGCGCUGGCCGCCAGCCAGGCUGUAUUCGCUGCUUCCGACAAGUGCGGCGAUACCAAGAUCAAGACCCAGAGCGAUGCCGAUGGCAUCAACACCUGCUCCACCAUCAAGGGUGAUGUCACUAUUGACAAGUCUUACAGCGGCGAUCUCCAAUUGAGCGGCAUCCAGAAGAUCUCCGGUGGCCUGAUUUGCUCCGGUGGUGCCAAUGUCAGCUCCAUCACCGCUACCUCCCUCACCGAGAUCGGCAAGGCCUUCGAUUUGGAGGGUCUCACCACCCUGACCCUGCUCAGCUUCCCUGAGCUCGAUUCCGUUGGCUCGAUCAACUGGGAGGCUCUUCCCAAGCUCCAGUCGCUCUCCUUCGCCAAGGGUGUCACCGAGGCCGGCGAUGUCAGCAUCGCCAACACCGGUCUGACUGACCUGAACGGUAUCUCCCUCAAGACCGUCGGUGGCUUCAGCAUCCAGAACAACCGUGACUUGAAGACUAUCAACAUCAACAAUCUUCAGAAUGCCACUGAUCUGAUCAGCUUUUCGGGUAACUUCAACGAACUUGAGGUCGACCUCCCCAACCUCGGCACCGGUACCAACAUGACCUUCCAGAACAUCUCUUCCGUCUCCCUGCCUUCCCUCGAGAAGCUCACUGGACAGCUCGGCUUCUGGGGUACCAAGUUCGAGACUUUCUCUGCUCCCAACCUCACCAAGACCGGUGACCUGAUCUUCAAGGACAACUCCAAGCUCUCCAACAUCAGCAUGCCCGCUCUGAAGACUGUUGACGGUGGUUUCACUAUUGCCCGUGAUGACAAGCUCUCCACCAUCUCCCUGCCCUCGCUCGAGCGUGUCAACGGUGCCAUUGACUUCAGCGGUACCUUCAACAAGCUUGCUCUCGGUAACCUCAAGGAUGUUGAGGGUAGCUUCAACAUGCAGUCCACCCGUGGUAACUUCAGCUGUGACGAUCUCCGCAAGCUGAAGAGCGACAACGUUAUCAAGGGUAGCUUCAAGUGUGAUGCCACCAUCGCAAACCCCACCACUGCCAACGGCAACUCUGGUACCACCAGCUCCACCUCCAGCGGCUCUUCCACCACCAGCUCCGGCGCUUCCUUCAUGACCGGUGCCAGCGUCCCCGUUGUUGGUCUUGCUGCCCUCUUCGGCGCCAUUGCCCAGCUUCUGUAA